AUGAGUUCCGACUACUCAUACGAUGACCAGGCCCAAUUCUUCCCCUUCUUCAUCCUCACAUUGACCGGCCUGGUCACUUUACCGAUCACAUACAACUUGUUGCAGUCUAGCACAGACGAUUCUCACCUCGCUCCCCGCAUCAAGACCGACUACAAGAUUCAACAUGGCGGCGUGGUGGAGUCACUACGGGCGGCACAGAAGAGGAAGCAGCGCAAAAUCAAGAGGACACUUGUCGCAGUGGCCGGUUGGGGUCUGAUGGGACUCAUGGCAUAUCUGAUCAUGACGACGAACCCUGUUGAGAGCAAAAUUUGGAACCCCUAUGAUAUUCUGGGUAUUUCAGAUUCCGCCACAGAAAAGCAAAUAAAAUCCCACUACAAGCGCCUGUCCGUCAAGUUCCACCCUGACAAGGUCCGACCUGAUGCUUCCAAGAACGAGACUGUCGAGUCUCUCAAUGACCACUACGUCGAGCUCACCAAGGCUUACCAAGCCCUGACCGAUGAGGAGAUCCGCAACAACUAUAUUCAGUAUGGCCACCCCGACGGCAAGCAGAGCUUCAGUAUUGGAAUCGCUCUACCCAAGUUCAUUGUUUCCGACGGCAAUGGAAAAUAUCUCGUCGUUCUGUAUACUGGUCUUCUCGGAGUGCUGUUGCCGUAUUUGGUUGGCUCAUGGUGGUACGGCACCAAGAAGCGUUCCAAGGAGGGUGUCCUCAUGGAGAGCGCCAACAACCUGUUCCGCCACUACGAUGAGGACAUGGAUGAGUCUGGAAUCAUCUCGGCUCUGAGUGCUGGUAAGGAAUUUGACAGCGUUCUGAAGGGUGACCAGGCCGAGUCUGGGCUGUCCAAGAUUGAGUCGCGAAUCUCUGCUGAGGGUGAGGCAUCGCCUUUUGCUUGUGGGUUCUCUGUUAAGGAUAGGGACAGGCUGGAGGAUCUUGAGAGUGGUGUUCGUCGCAAGGUCUUGGGCCUGCUGUGGGCUUACCUCGGCCGUGUUGAGCUCGACGACCCUGCCCUGACCAAGGCCAAGUACGACAUUGCUCCUAUUGCUCGCUCUCUGAACCAGUCCUUCGCUGCCAUUGCUCUCGCCUUUGGCAAUAUCGGUCCCAUUUCUGGUUCUUUCCUCGCUAGCCAACACAUUGUUCAGGCCCUCUCGCCAAAGUCAUCCCCUCUUCUGCAACUCCCUCAUUUCAACCCCAAGAUCGCCACGGCUGUUGAGGGUGACUCCAAGACACACAUGACUGUACAACAAUUCAUGGAUCUCCCUGACGCCCAAAGACGGCAAUUGGCUGUUGGCAAGGGUCUCCUGUCCGAGCAGCAGUAUAAGACUGCCGUUAGCGUCGGCAAGCAGCUCCCUUUCCUGCGAGUUUCCAAGGCUUUCUUCAAGGUGACUGGUGAGCGAUGCAUCAUUCCUUCGUCCCUGGUUACCCUUGUCAUCAAGGGUCGUUUUAUCCCCCCUGGUACUGAAAACGUUCCCGCCGUCAAUGAGUUGGAUCUUGAAGAUGUCGACCCGGCUGAGGAUGAUCUCGAUGCCCUCAUGGGCCGCAAGAAGAAGACCAUUGCCGGACCUGACGGCAAGCCAAUUUCAGUUGAAGAGCAGAGUAUUCUGCCCCCUCUGGCUUUCGCUCCCCACUACGCCCGCGACCUCACUCCCAAAUGGUAUGCCUUCCUGAGCGACUCCAAACAGGGCAAGAUGGCUGUCCCGCCCUUCACGUUUGACCGAUUCGACGAACCCAUCUUUGAUGAGCAAGGCAAGCCCACGUUCAACAUGCAGACUCUCAAGGCACAAUUCGCCGCUCCCCCUCAGGCCGGUCACUACACUUUUGUCAUGCAUGUAGUCUGCGAUUCGUACGUUGGAUUCGAUACCAAGAUGGAGGUGACUCUGGUCGUCGAAGAGACCGCCAAGGCGGCCGAGAUGGAAGCUGAAGAUGACAUUUCUGAGCCCGAUGAGGAUUCAAUUGCUGGCCAAAUGCACGCUCUUAAGACUGGCCAAGCACCGCCGCGACCCAGACGGAGAGACGAUGAUGAUUCAGAUGAUGAGAGUGGCACUGAGGAGGAGGAGGAUGACACUAGCGAUACAGACACUGAUACCGAGGACGAGUCAUAG